AUGGCGGCGGCAACGGAAGCCCGGGAGGUUCCGGCAAUCAAGGUGGUUAUGGCGGCGGCAACGGAAACCCGGGAGGUUCCGGCAAUCAAGGUGGUUCGAACCAGGUAUUGCAUGAUUGCAUCUAUGCUUACAGUAAGAACAAAGGGGAUCCUUGGUAUCUGCAAUCUGCCACCGUAUCAGUCCGAGGACUCGCUUCUAUCAGCGGCCCCUCCGGCACGGUCUCUGUUGGAAGGUGGAUUCCGCAUGUGUAUUUUUCCAUUUCAUUUCCGUUUCGGAGCAAAUUCUGCUCUGAAACGAACAACAAGAAAUACAAAAUACAUCUCAAGUAAUGAGAGAUCAAACUCAAUGUUGAAGAUCUUUUUGUUAAGAUUCCUACAAGUACAAGAGCAUCUGUUUCAUAAAUGGUUCAACCUUGCUGUACAUUGGGGAACUGUCAAGGACGAAAAAUCAAUUCAGAAAGACCUGGAAAUCAUCAAAGAGAAUGGCACUUUAGUAACGUUUGAAUCAUCAACCUAUGCAGAAAGGUUGCAACGAGAAAACAAUGAUAUAGUUUCUUAUGAGCCCUCAGGCGAUGGUGUCCCUGAAAAUAGCAAGUCAAAGAAAACCACUACAGGAACGAAGAAGAAGCAGAAUAAGAUUAGGCAAAAGAAAAAUCUUGACUUUGAAGAAGGUUACGUUGCAAAGGUGUGA